GCCAUUAUGAACAUCCGCAAUGCUCGGCCGGAGGAUCUGAUGAACAUGCAGCACUGCAACCUUCUUUGUCUUCCUGAGAACUACCAGAUGAAAUACUAUUUCUACCAUGGCCUUUCCUGGCCUCAGCUCUCCUAUAUUGCUGAGGAUGAAGAUGGGAAGAUUGUGGGCUAUGUUCUGGCCAAAAUGGAGGAGGACCCAGAUGAUGUUCCCCAUGGACAUAUUACCUCACUGGCGGUGAAGCGUUCACACCGGCGCCUCGGCCUGGCCCAGAAGCUGAUGGACCAAGCCUCCAGGGCCAUGAUAGAGAACUUCAGUGCCAAGUACGUGUCCCUUCAUGUCAGGAAGAGUAACCGGGCAGCCUUGCACCUCUACUCUAACACCCUCAACUUUCAGGUUAGUGAGGUAGAACCCAAAUACUACGCUGAUGGGGAAGAUGCUUAUGCUAUGAAGCGAGAUCUCUCACAGAUGGCAGAUGAGCUGAGGCGGCAGCGGGAGCUGAAGAAAUGUGGGUAUGUGGUGCUGGGCUGCAAGGAGAAAGAGGUGGAGACCCAGGGCAGCACGCUUCCGGGCUCUGAAAAGGCCUGUCAGGUGGAGAAGGGCCCUGUCGCUGAGGAUAGUGGGAUCGAGAGCAAGGAACUCAGCAAGUGCACGAAGAGCCCCGAAGUCCAGGACAGCUCAGAAGACUCGGAUUCCACCGCCUAGAGCCUUCUUGAGCAUUACAGGUCUUCCAUAUCUCAGCCCCAUCUGCCUUCUGAACCCUGGCUUACACUGUCUGCUCCACAGCAUCUGCUCUGGGGUUCACCUCAUAGUGAUUCCAGUGGCUUUUCACUCUCAAGUCUCUACGACCUUCCACAUCCCCGACUGGGAUCAUGAGGGAAUGCCUGGACACAAGAGCACAAGACCCUGCUGCACAAGAGCCAAGAAAGUUUGAGGACUGCCAUUAUAGAACCUUCCUCGGCCUACUUGUACCAUGCCAGCGUUUUAUUCCAUUGUGGUUGUCCUAUGUUGGGUGUGGGCAUUCUUCAAGGUUUUCUCUUCCUAGAAUGCCAAACAGGAAACAAAACUCCUGAAGUUCGUCUAUUUUCCGUUUUUGCCAUUAUCUGGGUUUUCAUUCUUAAGGGGUAUCAGGACCAUCAAUUCAGAUCUCUUGCCCCUUCCUUCCUCCAUCUUCCCCUUGACUAGUAGAAGUAUUGUAUUCCUUUUUCCUUUCUUUGUGAAUUCCCAUUUGUUAUAUCUUCCCUUUUCUUGAGGAGAUAUUCUCCUUUCCUUUCCCUGUGAGAGAAAGUGGUAAAUAUGGGCUUCUACUGUACAAUCAGAACUUGGAGAUUUUAAGAAAAUGACAACCAUUUAUUAUACUGGAAUAUCUGAUCUGCUUGUUUGUGUCAGUUUUGUUGUUGUUUGCUUUUUAAUAAUGAUGUAACCUGUCGUUUUUUGAGUACCCAUAAUGCUCAGGGGCUUUAUUCAUAUUAUAUUUAAUAUCAGUAGCCCUAAGGUAGAAUUUUGUCCCUGUGUUACAGAUGAGGAAACUGAAGUUCAGAGAAGUAAAGUAAACAUCCAGGAUCUGAACCCAAGUUUGUCUGAAUUUGAAACUAAAAUUCCUUCCGCUUUUCUAUUGCCACUCUUUAUUUUAUUUACAAAAGUAUGAAAACUUCAGUAAAAAGUAAAAUCUGCUGUUUAAAGAAUGUUAAAUGUUGACUUAAUACAUGGCAAUUACAUAUGUCACUUGCAAAUUUUUACAUAACCUUCAAUUAUAACCCCCUUUUACUUUCUCUCUUCAGUAAAAACAAGUGGAGACAAAG